AUGUCUUUGAACAUGCCACAAACGAUUCAACUUUUUUUCCACGGGUUUUACACAGUGCUAGUAAUAUUGUUGGCGGCAGUUCUGUGGAAAAUAACGGAACAAUUUAAUUCACCAACUCAGACGGUAUCAAUUAUUGAAGUGAGACCAACACAGAGACAUCUGACGCUUGUGGAUAUGAAAUCGCUUUACAUAGAAGUCUAUGAAAUAAAAUUGAUUAUCGAACAGGCAUUUAAGGCGGCAUUGAUUUAUUCCCUUUUGCAAUCUUUCCAUUCCCUGAUUGCCGAGUCGUAUUUCAUUUUCUAUGGAAUACUUUAUUCGAAAAAUAUUCCAACAUAUCUCAUAUUUAACUGUGCUGAGUGGAUUUUAUGCCAAGGAAUCAAAGUGUACUCCAUAUCUUAUUCCGGAAAUUUGUUGAAAAAUGCGGUAAGGGAACAUUCACGCAUUCAUUUUGCAUCAAGAUUUGCCGAAGUUUUGUUAGCUCUACCUACAGAAGGACAGAAUAUUCGAUGGUUUAUGGAGGUUCAAAACCUUUCUACAUUAUUAAAAUAUCACUCUUUAGAUAUUAAUUUGUAUGGAUUUUUUUCGUUGGAUGCUACACUUUUGUUUAACGUAUUAGCUUCAGCAUUGACGUACUUAAUUAUUUUGGCACAGUUUGCAGAAUAG